AUGGUGAGAAUACCUCCUAUGCAUUGUUGCAGCAGGUAAACGUAAGAUAGCAGUGAAUUAUUAUCUGGGACAAAAUUUAUUUCAGUGCUAGAUGCAUUUGCUUCAAUAUUUUUAGGAUUUAUUCUAGCAAGGCAAGUGAUUCGUGCAGUAAAGAACGUUCUAUUUUAUUACAAUCUAUUUUGUAAUUUAUAACUUACUCCCCCUUGUGAGCGAACAAAAAAAUUUUGUUCGCUCACGGAGGAGGGUUAAUUUUUUUGUUGAAAUUUUAAAAAAUUGCAAUUCGUAAAAAUGAGAUGUAAAAUUAAUUUAAUUUGUAAAAAGUAUGCUUUCAAAUGCAAUUUGUUUAAAAUUAAGCAGAUUCAGCUAGAUAUUUUAUUAUAAAAUUAUUAUUUGUAUAUCAAUUUUUUUCAUAAACAUUUCACUCACGGAGGGUGGGUUUUUGGGGAAAGAAUAAGGAUUUUUUCUAUGAUUUUUGUUCCCUCAUUGAGAGGGGAGUUAGUGACUGUAAUGUUUUUAUUCAUGAGCUAUUACUCACUCAGAGCUUGUUGAAGCUUAAGGAAGGAAAUGCCAGAUUGAAGUAGAGUGAAAAAAUAUUAUAAAGCUAAAAUAAUUAGAAUCUUUUGCUGGAUUGUAGAAUGGGGGAUUGUAGCCAUAUGGUGGGUUCUAGAAGAACCAGAAAUAUCUCCACUUUAUGGCUACUCUAUUUUAAAUGCUAUUGGAGUUAUUGUUGAUAUUAAUUUUUGCUAUGUCAUUUAUUCUUGCUACAAACUUGGAGUACAAGGACAUUUGAGAAACGAAAUAGUCCAAGCGACUGGCAGUCAAAGUGUGAUGCCGGAUUAUAAUGAAGUGGAGGCCAUAGGGAUGGAUAACACUCAGGAUGCAUUUAAUCAGUCUUCAGUCAAAGAAGUUAUUGCUUAUUCUCAGGAUAAUUUGAAAGUGAUUGAUUUAAAUAGCAUACCUAUUCAUGAUUUUACAAAGGUAGAUCAAUAA